UUGACAAUCGAUUGACAAAUUUCUUGCCAACGAAAUGCAUUUAUUAGUAGUUUGUUAAUUGUAAAGUUAAUUAAAAGUAUUGGUUUAAACGCUGCAAAAUUUAACCUGCUGAAUAAAUAGAUUAUUACCGCGAAUUAUGCAAUAUAAGUGAAGCGUGAAAAAAAUUGCAAGUUCAAGUUUCCUUACGGUUCUCAUUUUCCUGUAAAUCAAACUCUGAUCGUUUCAAUACAUCAACAAUCGAUAGAAAAAAAAUGUCCACGUCCGGCGACUUCGGCAACCCCCUCAGGAAAUUCAAGCUCGUCUUCCUGGGCGAACAGAGCGUCGGCAAGACCUCUCUCAUCACCCGCUUCAUGUACGACAGCUUCGACAACACCUACCAGGCCACCAUCGGCAUCGAUUUCCUCUCCAAGACCAUGUACCUCGAGGACCGGACGGUGCGCCUCCAGCUGUGGGACACCGCCGGCCAGGAGCGCUUCCGCUCCCUCAUACCAUCCUACAUACGCGACUCGACCGUCGCCGUCGUCGUCUACGACAUCACCAACGCCAAUUCCUUCCACCAAACAUCCAAGUGGAUCGAUGACGUUCGAACGGAGCGCGGCAGCGACGUCAUCAUCAUGCUGGUCGGCAACAAGACCGAUCUCAGCGAUAAACGACAAGUGAGCACGGAGGAGGGCGAACGCAAGGCGAAAGAGUUGAACGUGAUGUUUAUAGAGACGAGCGCGAAGGCGGGUUACAACGUGAAGCAGCUGUUUCGAAGGGUGGCGGCGGCGCUGCCGGGGAUGGAUUCGACGGACAACAAGCCGGCGGAGGAUAUGCAGGAGGUGGUGUUGAAGGAUACGCCGAACGAGCUCAAAGACCCCGACGGCGGUUGUGCGUGUUGACUGCGCGGUUUUGUUUUUUUUUUGUACGAAUACGAAUAUUAUCCACUUGUGCUUGACAGCGUAGGUACUGACACACACAAAUACACUCACACACGCCGAUUAUUUCCUUUACUUACUCUGUUUGCGUUGGUUUAAAGCGGACUCUGGGCGAGCGUUAAUGGCUGGGCUGCUUCUCGUUGGGAUUUGUUCGAUGUAAGAGGCGCUUUAUUCGAGUCGAUUCGACGAUGUGUUUCUGGGAUUCGAUCGCGACAAUAACGAUUUAUCAUUGGGUUUUUUUAUUACUUUUGUACGAUGCCGAUAGCGUUUAAAUAAAAUGAUAAAAGUCCGAUCUCAGAAACGCCGCUUGAGGUUUUCGCAAAGAAUAUAACAGGGUACCCAUUUUGCAAGUUAAACGUAAUCUAUUUCGAUUUAACUCGGGAACAUAAAAAAACGAUAUGAUUAAAAAGUAAUAGUGAUUUUAUAAUUUACAGAAUAGGUACUCAAAGUGGAUUGUAAACUUUUAUUUGCUUGGUUCCAAUGAGUUUUGUUUAUUUUUAUUAAUUACAUUAUUUCAGUUUUUUUAUCGAUUCGAUAGCAAGAGAUGUUGUGGGAAAAUAAUUAACACGAAUCAGCCAGUGGUGUUUAUUUCAUAUUCUAGAAUUAGUUGCAGUCGCAGGUGGAUUUCCCCGCCAAUUAAAUUGGACGGGAAAUGUUCCUGCUACUAUUUAUCGGAAUUUUUUCGAAAAGUUUCCAAACUACAUAGAUACUUUGGCAGCUCAAAUGAUUCCAUAAAGGUACUUACCGUAUGCCAAAUGUUUAUUAAAUCCUUUAAUAUAUUUACAGGACGAAUCGAAAAUUAGCAAAUAAUAAAUUUAUUUUCGCUUUGUCCUUUUAACAGUGAAAGUAUCUGCGUACGUUCACGAACUUACCUGUAGAUUAUUGUUAAUAUCUUAUUAAUUUAUUUUAUAUUGUAUAUUUUAACGUAGUAUUAAUAAGAUAAGUUUUAUAUUAUUCAUAGCAAUCCUAGCAUUAUUCAUUUUUAAUUCGGUAAGAUUUAUAAAACGCAAGUACAUCUUAUUUUUGUGUAAUUAUAGUGAAUUCAUGAAACCUCAGGAUAGUGUGCUUGGAUUUUUUUAAACAAAUUAUGUUAUUUUGCUAAUGCUUGAGAAUCAAACGGUAGUGCGCUUCUAGACUGCGCUUGAUUUUUUCAUGUAAUUAGAAGUGUCUCGGUAUUUUGUUGUUGUUGUUAUUUCCCAUCACCCUGUACAGUUUCGAGCCGAAUACUCCGAAUCUGUACAGUAUGGAUAUCUUCACGCACUAACUGGAUAAUGUAAUGAAAAUGUUACGAGAAUAAAGAUGUACCUAACUAAAUUAUUUCUAUUAUUUCUACGAGAAUUUUUCGAACGAUGUACAAAACUAUUCUUC